AUGAAGCAGAAGCAUCUCGGCGCAUACACGGUGCUCAACCCGGGCUUGCCCAUUGCCCAAUGCUACGAAGACACCAUGGAUACACUGUUGACCUUUGAGAACACCUACAAGACAUAUCAAAACUUGUUUGUGCCGAACAACUGGACGCCCCAGGACCCCCGCAAGAUCUGGCACAUCAUCUACAAUGUGCCCCAGGGCCAGAUUGCCAGCGUGGCCGCCCUGGCUUCGGACCGCAACAUCGGCCUAAUCGAAAUCACCGGCGACGUCGCCCCGAACCCGUACGACAACCUGCCCAGCGACGCGUACAUACAGGCCGUCAUUGGAGCCGUCUCAGGUGGCACCCCUCUGAUCAAGGGCCCGGCAGAUGUUACCAGCUUCUACGUUGCAGGCCUUCCCGGUGACGUGACCGUCGCCGCGUCCGAUUACAGCUCCGUCACCCUCGACUGGUCCUCCGUCGCCAACGCCCUCGGCUACGCGGUCUACCGGCAGAUGGAGCAAAAUCAAGAUGCCUUCCUGCCUCCCAGGCAACAACCCCAACAACCUGCCGACUUGACUGGAGGUACACAGCUACAAUAUAGCGGAACCAGGCUACAGGUUACCUCCGAACUUGCUCCUGGCGCAGCUACGAAUGCGACAGCAUCAGGCUCCUGCAGAUUGAUUCCGAGACAGAUCCAUCGGCCGGCUAUGAACUCUGCCUGGAACUGGCUACUUAUAUUGUUGGGCACAGAAGCAUGUGGAAAUAGCUUGUGA